GAGAGCUGCGCUAUGCUUCAGCGAAGCAGGAGUUCUUCAUGAAUUAACAAUACUUUGGGACCUUCUGGGACGUUGGCGAAGCAAGAAAAAGCUAUGGACGGCGCAAAAACGCUUGAUGCUGUUCCGCAGCUGAGCCAAGAAAAAAUCCUGAAAAUUAUGACGAUGGUGAAGAACAAAAAAGUGAGCAUUGACGAAGCCUUGAUUUUGGCAGAAAUAGAGAGAAAUGUAGAAGAAAAAGAGGAGAAUCCACUGCCGUGUUUGGGGGAUCUCCAGGACUUGCCAAAUAGGGGCUCGCAAUUCAACUUUGUCGUCUACAAGUAUAAACACUACCGAUGGCAGAAACGAAUUUUGCAGAUUGAUGUGAACACAAAGACCAUUUUUAACAUUGAGAAAGGGAUCAUCAAAAAACAGUUCCCAUUUUCCCAAGUGAAAUCUUGUGCCUACAAUGAAGGAAAGCGGUUCCGGAUUGGCUUCCAUGGACACCAAGACUAUGAACUGGAAGCAGCAUCCACGGAAGAUAAAAAGACAAUAACACACCUUGUGACUAAAAUUAUACAGAACCAUGCUUGCGAAACAUCUGCAAAACCUUGCUGCGACCGACCUCGUGAGUGUGAGGUGAUUCAUGAAGGGCUGUUGGAUUUGCAGACACAGACAGCGACCUCCAUUAAAUGGGUGAAACACUUCGUGCAGCUCCGAAAACAGGAGCUGAACUUACAUUGCAUCGACCAAAAUGAGAUGGGGGUGGCAGUUCCUGGAGUGAAAACAAUCGACUUGUCAAGGGGGGAGGUGGUUGUCAGCAAGGAAGACGGUGUGGGUGCUUUCUCACUUCAAACAAAGGAAGAGAAGUAUCUGUAA